CGAUCGUGUUUUCUUUAUAAAGAAGAUUCAGUUGUGCUUCGGAAGAUAUUACGAAGAUUCAUAGUUUAUCUAUUUUAUACGUAAUUGAAAAAAUACAAUGAAAUUAAUUGCUUUAAUGGUGCUAAUGUUAUUCGAGUAUUGUUCUGGAAGAACUUCAUCUUUUUCUUUGCUAAAAUAUAUUUUAUCUUCGAAUGGAAAUGAAUUGAAGAAAGUAAGAAGCGAAUCGGAACUUAUAGAUGACAAUACUGUUUUAGAUUUCAUUGGGUUAGUUGAACGUCACGGAUAUCCAGCCGAAGAGCACAAAGUUAUUACAGAUGAUGGUUACAUUAUAACAAUACAUAGGGUACCUUAUAGUCCUAUAUCAAACAAUACUACAAAGAAACCUGUUGUUUUUAUACAACAUGGGCUGCUUACAUCAUCUGAUUUAUGGGUUCUCUGGGAACGUGAACGAAAUCUUCCUUUUCUACUUGCUGAUAAAGGAUAUGACGUUUGGAUUGGAAAUUGGCGAGGAAAUUCCUAUUGCAGAUCUCAUGUUAAUAUGACGACGGAAAACCCAAAUUUUUGGAAAUUCAGCUACCACGAUAUUGGCUUACACGAUAUUCCUAAGAGCAUCGAUUAUGUUCUUGAUUAUACAAACUCAAAGAAAUUAUUUUACAUUGGGUAUUCUAUGGGUACAACGAUUUCCUACGUUAUGUUAUCAAUGAAGCCGAGUUACAAUGAUAAAAUGAGAUUAGUCAUAAGUUUAGGACCUAUUUCUUACUUUAAACACAAAUUGCCACCACUUUUGGACAAUCUCAUGAAAUUAGUUCCACAAUUUAAGAUCAUGUUCGAGGAAAACGGUAUUUAUGAAAUCCUCCCACAAUCAAAACUAAUGAAAUCAGUAGGUAAAUAUUUAUGUAGAGAAAAAUCAAUUGCCCUGCCAAUAUGUACAUCACUACUGUUUCAAAUUUCUGGACAUGAUAGUGCACAAUUGAAUGAAUCAACAAUAUCAUACAUUAUGAAUUAUAUGCCUGCUGGCGCAUCGACUCAAAGUUUUUACCAUUACUAUCAAAAUUAUUUAACAGGUAAUUUCGAAGCUUAUGAUUACGGAUACGAAGAUAAUCUUAUUAAUUAUAAAACACCAAAACCUCCAAUUUAUAACGUAAAGAAAAUAGUUGCACCAACUGCAUUAAUCUAUGGGCUUAACGACGCUUUAUCAAAUGAAAAAGGUGUUACAGUAUUGAGCAAAAAAUUACCUAAUCUUGUCACCUGCGAAGCUGUACCGUACGAAUAUUUUACCCACUUCGAUUUUUUUAUGGCGAAAGAUAUAAGAUCAUUAUUACUUGAUCGAGUAUUAAAAUUAAUACAAGAUUUUAAUUCUUCACUAUUGAUAAUUUUUAUAAUAUCAAUCAUCAGUUUUGAUGCUACAAUUUUUAUAAUAGAAACAUUUCUUCUACAAAAUUCACGUUGGAAUAUUCCUUUACAUUUCACUGAAUUAUCAAAACAGCAUGGAUAUGUCGCCGAAGAACACAUGACUAUUACAGAGGACGGUUACAUUUUAUUUUUUCAUCGAAUACUUGAUAGUCCAAAAUCAAACAUUACCAAUGAAAUAAAACCAGUAGUAUUGUUACUACAUGGAGCACUUGGUUGCUCCAAUAUUUGGAUUUUGUUCGACUCUGAAAGAAGUCUGGCUUAUUUACUUGCGGAUGCUGGAUUUGAUGUAUGGCUUGGAAAUACUCGAGGAAAUAUAUACGGUCAAGGUCAUGUGAAUUUUUCAACGAUAGACAAAGAAUUCUGGCAGUAUAGCAUCCAUGAAAUUGCACUUUACGAUUAUCCAGCAGUAAUUGAUUAUAUUCUUAAUUAUACGAAAUCCGAACGACUUUACCUAAUUGGUCAUUCGAUGGGUACUACAGCUUCAUAUAUUUUAUUAUCAAUGAAACCAAUUUAUAAUGAAAAAGUACAAUUACUUGUAAGUUUAGCACCUGUUGCUUACUUGAGGAAAAGUCGGUUCCCUUUUUUAAUCAAAAUUAUAGUGGGAAUUUAUCCUUCAAUACUGGUAUUUUUAGAAAUGGAAGAAAUUUAUGGUAUAAAACCUAAUUCAUUCUUUAAUAAAAUAUUAUAUUUAAUUUGUUCGAAGGAAUCAUUUCUGCAAUUUUUGUGUAUUUUUGUAACAUCUACAGCUUUUGGUUUAGAUCCUUCCUAUUUGAACACAACUGAUUUAAAAACAUUUUAUCAAUAUUACCCAUCGGGUGGAUCUCACUACGUUAUGAAUCAUUUCGUUCAAAAUAUCAAUUUAGAGAGUUUCCGACAAUAUGACUAUGGAUAUGAGAAUAAUCUUAAACAAUAUAAACAACAUGAUCUACAAGAAUACGAUUUAACUAAAAUAACAACCCCAGUAGCUUUGAUAUAUGGGAAAAAUGAUACUUUUAUAGAUAAAAAGAGUUUGUGUAAACUUUACAAAAGUCUACCAAAUGCGAUUUUAAAAGCAGUACCAAGGAAAUAUUUCUCUCACAUGGAUUUCGUUUUAUCGAAAGAUUUAAAAACAGUAGUGAAUGAUUUUAUUGUAAAAUUAUUGAAAUAAUAUUCGCAAUAAAUUAUUGGUAAUAUUCCAAUAUUUCUUAUGUCUAAUAAUAACGUAUCUUUAACAAUAUCUUGGAUUUUUUAAGAGAUAAAAAAAAAGAAUGUACGUAGCCUCCACGCGCGAUAGAUUUGGAACUUGUAUUAUCAUAUGGAAAAUAAUAAAUAGAUCUGUAGAAGAGAGGUGACAAAAAAGAGUGAAAUUUAAUAAUGCACGGGUUUUAUUGAAAAUAUUUAUAAUAGCAUUUAUAAAAUUGUUGGUUAUUCAGUUUCCAGUGCGUCGCGUACGGCAGUCAGAUCGAUAAAAAAAUACAAACACUAAACUCUUUUAUUACAUUUAAAUUUUACGAACUAUAUUAGAUUUUGUAUUAAAAUUUAAUUUUAUGAACUAUUAUAUUUCGCUUAACAAAACACACUGAAUAAUCUUUACUCCAGUAACAGAAUUACAAAUGUAAUAUUUAUAAUAUAAAUGUAACUGCUAUCUAAACUGUUUUAUUUUUUACAGAAAUGUACAUGUUUCUAUAUUGUUAUA